AUGAAUUAUAAUGGAUUGUUUACCAACUCGAAUAUUUUUGAUUUAGUACCGGUCGAGUUUGUUAUUGAUUCGGGGUCGUCUAUUAAUGCCGUCACGGAAGAUGUGUGGAACGACUUGAUCACUAAGAAGGCAAAAAUCUUCAAAAAGAAGUAUAAAUGUGAUCGACAGUUUUAUGCUUAUGCGAAUCAUGAACCAUUAAACGUGUCUGCCAUUUUCGAAGCUUGGAUUUCUGUAAAUGCAACAAAACCAGUGAGCUAUGCAGAAUUUUUCGUGAUCAAUGGAGCACGAAAGUCUCUGUUAAGCAAGCAUACGUCGGAGGAUCUCAAGAUUUUAAAAAUUGGACUCGACGUUCUCCAUGUAAGCCGCAACAAUGACAUGGAAGUCAGUCCAGCGAUCAGCCCGUUUCCGAAGUUUCCAGGCAUACAAGUGAAGCUAUCAAUCGAUCCUACGGUGCCUCCAAAAAAGAUUGCUUACUUAAGAAUUCCUUCUGCAAUGGAACAAAAGGUUCAUGACAAAUUACAAGAAAUGCUUCACAGUGACGUUAUCGAGAAAGUCGAAGGCCCGGCAGAGUGGAUAUCCCCCAUGGUGAUUGCCAAAGGGCAAGGACGACGUAAGGAUUUGUAUUAAUAUGAGACAUCCAAAUGAAGCCAUUCAGCGGGAACAUUAUCCGUUGACUGUAAUCGACACGUUCCUGAAUAAACUUAAGGGAUCGGUGGUUUAUUCUCGGUUGGAUAUAACGUCCGCAUAUCAUCAUGUCGAAUUACUUCCCGAAUCAAGAGGUGUCACAACAUUUAUGUCGGGC